ACGUGUCCACCCCCUUCCUCGUCAACUGUCAAAUCGACAAGCGUUGUUUGUAUACGAAUUUUAUCUCGCGGUUUAGCGUCGUUCGCGCGAGAGGACUCCCGAUCGAGAUCGAGUCCUGGUUUAGGAUCUGGUUAAGGAUCAGGAUGAAUCGUACGAUGGAUGAAAAGGAGGAAUUAGUGAAGAAGGCCUUAUUUAAUUUCGUUAGGAAACAGGUGCCCACUGCUCAAUUGAGCUUGAUAGAUGACAUUGUAUUAAGUUAUGUAGUGAGUAUGGUAGAAGAAAGUGCAUUGGAGGAAAAUUUAGAUGUAGACGGACUGUGCGAGAUGGUAUCCGCUUGCCUUCCCGAGUUUUCCACUAUCGAGAAAGAGGCUGUAUCAAAAUGGUUGCUGGAUGUGGAAAGUAAAUUGAAACAAGAAAGUAAAGAUAAUGAAAAUUGUCAAUCUCACAGCGAUCCAUUGAAUCACAUCAGCCUCUCCGCUCUUUUGCCAGCUGGUACGCAAAGAAUGCGUAUUCAUCAUCUGUCAGAAACGAGCGAUGCUGGCAGCGAUUCUAGCGGAGAAUAUUUUUCGGAGGAAUCCUCUUGGCACCAGGUGGCUUUAUUACAAGAGAUGUUUCCGGCGGCGAGCACCGCUGAAGCGAGGCAUUGUUUGGCGGUUGCCGGAGGUGAUAUAGCAAAGGCCGCGCAACUCGCGUUACAUCGUCAAGAAGCAGGUCAAAGUAUCGUGAGCAACCUCACGUUUCUCACGCCCAAUGGUCGUAAUAAAGCGAGAUUGAACGACGAAGAGCUGAAAUCUCGUAUCAUAGCACGAUAUAGUUACGUCGACAGGGAUGACGAUUGCCGUGAACAUCGUCCAGUAGCGCCAAAAACAGAGCCCAAAAAGCUGGUACGAUAUCUCGACAAUAAGAUCGUAAGUGUAAAGGGUGAACGUUAUACAGAAGUACGAAGGGGCGGCGAGGAUGAAGAUGGUAAUGAAGGUGGUAGAAAGAGAGGUCAUUGCCGUCCGUAACCAGUCCCUUUGCCUCCACCCCCCGAUCCACCCCCUUGGAGGCAUCUGAUUUUCGAUUGAAUUUUAGAUCUUUUCCAUCUUACUCAUGUAGGAAUAUAGACAAAAUAUCGAAUUUAAACAGGCGUAGCAUUUUUUUGACAUUUAAUUUCUAUGUCAUGCAGUCUAUGUAGCUCUUGGAAUCUCUCACAUGUUUCAACAUUAAUUUGUUGAUUAAUUUAUCGUUGUAUUAUAUGAUUAUAGUAGAGUAGUUUUUUACGCUAUUCGUUCGAGUUGAUUCGCGAUUAAUCAUUUAAUGAAUACCUAUAUUUUUCAUUUCUGAGUAUAAAUCAUAUUUUUUCGAUCGAGCGUGCAAUGGCCGUUAAAUAAAUAUUUAUAUCCAUAAUUGGACAUUAUAAUAUUAUAUAAUUAUAAAAAUGCAUUAAUUAUUGCUAUUAGUAUCAAAAACAUAAUUAUCAAACUUGCAAAAAAAAUAAUUUUAAUUUUAACAUAUAAUGUAUAUUGAUCCCGAUGAUUUUUUAUUUACACAGUUCUAGAUUUUUGCAGUUGAAUAUGUUUUUGAAUAAAGUAUUUAUUCGACUUGUUAUUUAUUUCAUGUGUAUAUAUAUACAUAUAUAUAUAUAUAUUAAGAUCCAGACGAUUGUAAAAGAGAUAUAUGCCUGAUUUAGAGAAUAAUUAUUUGUAAGUUGUUAUGUAAAAAACGAUUCUCAAGUACGCUUUAUUUUGUAUGUAAGCUGGCUAUUGUAAGCUCGGCACUUGACUCUUAAUAUCCAUUCCUCUUAUUCUACGCUGAUAGAAAUCAUGUUAUAUUUCUCAAGUUUAUUUAUUUUAUACAAAUGUAAGAGUAUUCUUCAAAUUAUACGAAGUUGUUCACCAGAAACAGUACAUGUGUAUAAUUUUCAUAAAUUUAUAGAUAUGAAAAAAAAAAAAUUGGUUGGCUUUAAGAAACAAAUAUGACGUAGAAAACAUUUUUUCCUUAAGAACAGUAUGUGAUCAAAAUCAUAGUACAUAAUCAAGAAAAAUUAUUGAAUCCAUCUCGAUAACGAUUAUUAAUA